GAUCAUCCUUCCAUUUUCAAAAUGGAUUCGUAAUCACUGAUGGCGUCUUAUUAAAUAAAUAGUCAUAAUAUUUUGUAUCAAAACAUUUAUAUAUUCCUUUCUUCCUGUAGCUUAAGUUUAAAGUAGAAAAUGGCAGACUUUAUUGACUCGGAGGCCGAAGAGAGCGAGGAGGAGGAAGAAUUAGAGCCCCACGAAAGGAAAAAGGCGAAACAGGCGAAGGCCACCGUCGAGGACAGUUCCGAAGAGGAAGAGGAUGACGAGGAGAAACUGCGCGAGGAGUUGAAGGACCUAAUCGAUGACAACCCCAUCGAAACGGAUGGCGAGGAUUCGGACGGAUCGGGAGGGGCGAAACGGAAAAAGUCCGACGACGAGGAGUUCGACGAUCGCUUGGAGGAUGAGGAUUACGAUUUGCUCGAGGAGAAUUUGGGUGUUAAAGUCGAAAGACGGAAAUUUAAGAGGUUACGGCGGAUUGUCGACGAGGAGAGCGACGGCGAGGAGGCCGCCGACGAGGGGAGGGACCGUGACACUAUUGCUAUGGAGAUUUUUUCGGAUGACGACGACGAUCAUCGGUCGGAGCGAAGUCAGAGACCGGUCGUUGAGCCCGAGCAGUUUGUCGAAGAAGAAGAUGAAGGGGAGUAUUCUGACGCGGAUGACUUUAUUGUGGACGACGACGGGCGUCCCCUUGCCGACAAGAGAAAGAAACGGAAACCCAUAUUUACCGAUGCCGCACUUCAAGAGGCCCAGGAGACUUUCGGGGUCGAUUUCGAUUAUGACGAGUUUUCAAAGUACGAACAGGACGAUUAUGAGGAAGAAGAAGAGGACGAGGAGGACGAUUACGUCGACGAUGACGAAGAAGGCGAACGGAGGCGACAGCCGAAGAAGACCGCCAGAAAGAAACCGACACGUAAAUCUAUAUUCGAAGUGUACGAGCCUAGUGAGCUAAAACGGGGGUUCUUUACCGAUUUGGAUAAUGAAAUACGUAACACGGAUAUUCCCGAGCGUAUGCAACUGAGAGAGGUUCCUGUCACGUCCGUUUCGGAAGAUUCUAACGAACUGACGGAGGAAGCAGAGUGGAUUUAUAAACAAGCCUUCUGUAAACCAACGGUAUCAAUGCAAGAUGCCCACUUAUCACUUGAGGCAAGAGAGCGUCAACGAAAAGGACCACAAACUGUUGGAAAAAUCCGUAAAGCGUUAGACUUCAUUCGCAAUCAACAGUUGGAGGUACCGUUUAUUGCCUUCUAUCGUAAGGAGUACGUACAACCGGAGCUCAACAUAAACGACCUGUGGAAGGUGUACAAAUUCGACGCUAAAUGGUGCCAACUGAAACAGCGCAAGGAAAACCUGAUUUCGCUAUUCGAAAAAAUGCGCUCGUACCAACUGGACGAGCUAAUGAAAGAUCCGGAUGCGCCGAUUCCGGACAAUGUGCGCGUCAUGAAAGAUAGCGACAUAGAGCGGCUGAAAAACGUGCAAACGGCCGAGGAGCUGCAGGACGUUCACAAUCACUUUGUUCUGUACUACGCGCACGAUCUUCCCGCGAUGCACGCGGCGUGGCGCGCCAAGGAAAAAGAGCGCAAGAGACAGGAGAAGCGCGCGGAGAGGCUGAGGAGGAUAGCCGAAAGCGAGGAUGUCGGAGAUAUUCCCGACGAACUCGACAUCGAAGAGGACGACGACGAGCCCGAGCCGGAAACAUUGAAGUAUGCCAAUCGGUCUGGCUCGUACACCUUAUGCACGAAAGCCGGAAUCAAUGGGUUGGCCAAGCGUUUUGGUCUUUCACCUGAGAACUUUGCCGAGAAUUUGCGUGACAAUUAUCAGCGACACGAGGUUGAUCAAGAGCUGAUUGAUGUACAAGAACUUGCCAAGCAAUACAUUUCUCCGAAAUUCCCCACAGUCGACGAUGUUUUGCAAGCAGCUAGGUUUAUGGUAGCCUUGCAAAUCGCCCGAGAGCCCCUAGUUCGAAAGUGCGUGCGUGAGGUGUUCUUCGAACGAGCGAAAAUUACGAUUCGCCCCACAAAAAAAGGAAUCAAAGUCAUCGACGAAACUCACAACUGCUACAGCAUGAAAUACGUGAAAAAUAAACCGGUGCGCGACCUGUCGGGCGAUCAGUUCCUCAAACUUUCAUUGGCGGAGGAGGAGAACUUGCUCAUCAUCACCGUUAACGAUACGAUCGAGGGGAACACGAGCAAUUCGUACAUCGACGAAGUGAAGCAAUUAUAUAUCAGGGAUGAGUUCAGCAAAAACGUGCAGGAUUGGAACGCGCUGCGCAUGGAAUGCGUGGAGCGCGCCUUAAUCAGGUGCGUGCUGCCCGAUCUCCGAAACGAACUUAAGAGAACUUUGCUGACCGAGGCGAAGGAGGCGAUUCUCAAGGCUUGCUGUCGGAAGCUCUAUAACUGGAUUAAGAUGGCACCUUGCCACGUAGCGUUUCCGGACGAGGAGGAGGACGAAUGGGAUACUUCGAGAGGCAUGCGCGUUAUGGCAAUUGCUUACGUGCCGGACUACUCACAGUCUGCUUUCACGUGCAUGGCCGCACCUGACGGUGACAUUACGGACUAUCUGCGCCUGCCGCAUUUGCUCAAGCGAAAGAAUAGCUAUCGGGAGGACGAAAAGACGUUAAAGGAAGCCGAUCUUCAAGCAAUUCGUAACUUUAUACUUACGAAAAAGCCGCACAUUGUGUGCGUAGGCGGAGAAUCGCGGGAAGCUGUGAUGAUCGUCGAAGACGUAAAGGGCGUGAUUGCUGAAUUGGUCGAGUCGGAGCAGUUCCCAACGAUAAAUGUUGAGAUUAUCGAUAACGAAUUGGCUAAGGUCUACGCCAAUUGCAACAAGGGAAUGAGCGAUUUUCGCGAUUAUCCCGAGCUGUUGAGGCAAGCCGCUUCGUUGGCGAGAAAAAUGCAAGACCCACUCAUAGAAUACUCCCAACUGUGUACGGCCGAUGAGGAGCUGCUAAGUUUACGCUAUCAUCCUCUGCAAGAGCAAAUUUCAAAGGAAGACCUCUUAGAAAAUUUAUACUUGGAGUUUGUGAAUCGAACGAACGAAGUAGGAGUUGAUAUUAAUCGCGCAGUACAACAUCCCCACACAUCAAAUUUAGUGCAAUUUAUUUGCGGUUUAGGCCCCCGGAAGGGUCAGGCGCUUCUUCGCGUCUUAAAACAAACAAAUCAGAGGCUCGAAAAUCGAACGCAGCUCGUCACGGCAUGUCACAUGGGGCCGAAGGUGUUCAUCAAUUGUUCCGGUUUCGUAAAGAUCGACACCAACAGCCUGGGCGACAGCACGGAGGCGUACGUCGAAAUUUUAGACGGAUCGCGAGUUCACCCCGAAACGUACGAAUGGGCGAGAAAGAUGGCCGUCGACGCUUUGGAGUACGACGACGAUGAGGGCGCCAAUCCGGCAGGCGCCUUGGAGGAGAUCCUCGAGGCGCCCGAGAGACUGAAAGACUUGGAUCUGGACGCGUUCGCGGAGGAGCUCGAACGUCAAGGAUUUGGCAAUAAAAGCAUUACGUUGUACGAUAUUAGAGCGGAAUUAAAUUCAAGGUAUAAAGACUUGCGAACUUCAUUCUCCUCACCGAAUCCUGAGGAGAUGUUCGAUAUGUUAACUAAGGAAAGUCCGGAGACGUUCUACAUUGGAAAAAUGGUUACUGCGACUGUCGUCGGUAUAACGCAUAAGAAGCCACAAGCAGAACAGCUAGAUCAGGCGAAUCCUGUACGUAACGACGAGACCGGACUAUGGCAAUGUCCCUUUUGUCUGAAGAAUGACUUCCCGGAGCUUUCCGACGUGUGGAAUCACUUUGAUGCGGGCGCCUGUCCCGGGCAGGCGACGGGCGUUAGGCUGCGAUUAGACAACGGUAUCUCAGGUUACAUACACAUAAAGAAUUUGAGCGAUAAGCACGUGACGAAUCCAGAGGAGCGCGUCUCCUUGGGGCAGCUGAUACACUGUCGCAUUAUUAAGAUUGACGUUGAGCGAUUUUCGGUCGAUUGCACUUCGAAAUCGAGCGAUUUGGCGGAUAAGAAUCACGAGUGGCGGCCGCCCAAGGAUCCGUACUACGAUCAGGAUUCGGAAGACAAAGAUUUGAGAACCGAGCAGGAAAUUAAGAAGAACAAACAAAGACAGACGUACAUUAAGCGCGUCAUCGUCCACCCGGCGUUUCACAACAUUUCGUUUGCCGAAGCGGAAAAGUGUAUGGCGAACAUGGAUCAGGGCGAGGUGAUCAUAAGACCGUCGAGUAAGGGCUCGGAUCAUUUGACGAUAACGUGGAAAGUCGCCGACAAGAUCUAUCAACAUAUCGACGUCAAGGAGGAGGGCAAGACGAAUGCGUUUUCGCUAGGAUCCUCGCUUUGGAUUAAUGGGGAGUCGUUUGAAGAUUUAGACGAGAUUAUCGCCCGACAUGUAACGCCCAUGGCCGCGCAUGCGCGAGAUCUGUUAUACUUCAAGUAUUAUAAGGACACCGAAGGCGGUCUCAAGGAUAAGUCUGAAGAAUAUCUCAAAGAGGAAAAGAAGAAAAACUCGUCUAAGAUUCAUUACGUUAUUAGCGUAAGCAAGAAUUAUCCUGGGAAAUUCUUGUUGUCGUAUUUGCCGAGAAACAAAUGCCGGCACGAGUUUGUCACGGUGACACCUGAGGGCUUUCGGUUUAGGCAGCAAAUAUUCGACUCGGUCGGUAGUUUGUUUAAGUGGUUCAAGGAACACUUCCGAGAUCCGAUACCGGGCGGCGUCACGCCCGGCACUCCGAGAACGGGGCACAAUUCGUACGGAACCGCUACUCCCAACAUCAACAGCAUGAAUCCAGAAGCAAUACAAAGGGUGGCCCAAAACAUGCCGUCUCACAUGAUGCAAGCGCUGAGUGCCGUAGCGAAUCAAACUCCUCACUACCCUCACACGCCGGGAGGGGCGUAUGGCGCCAAUACGUUCGUUGGCACGCCGUACACACCGAGUGGCCAAACACCUUACAUGACGCCCUACCAGACUCCUCACGCGUCCCCCCACCUAUCAAACACCGGCUUUUUACAUCCAGGCUCCGUGACUCCUGGUCAAAGAGGCGCCUACCGCCCGGUGCCGACCCACUCGCCCGUCAUCCACAACGGUCCACACGCACGACAGUUCCCCCCUGGCGGCGACGGCGGUCGGCCGUACGCCACCGACUCGCCGCGAAGCUUCACCAGCGACCACAGCUACCGGAGCUUUUCGGGCGGUCAGCGUAACGCUCACUCCGAAAACAUGGACUGGCAGAAGGCGGCGGAGGCGUGGGCCAAGUCGAACAAUCGAGACGGAUCGCGGGGCGAAAGUCGCAACACGCCGCGCUCGGGCGGCCAGCGCACUCCUCGCUUCGACGAGUUGCGCGCUGAUCUGGAUCGUGGAAAGUUCGGGAAAAGUCCGCGCUCGGCGCGCUCGACGCCGCGAACCAACACUUCACCUCAUUCCAUGUCUCUGGGCGAUGCAACACCUUUAUACGAUGAAAACAUUUAAUAAAAAUUCUAAUAGACGAGUA